AUGGCCGAAUAUGCCCAGUACCACGCCCUCGGCCAGGGCGAGGUCAUCGACCCCAACGACCCCAACCGAACCUCUCAGCCUGCGCCUCAGCAAUUUCAACAUCCCGUAGCGCCAAACCCCUACCAGCAACAAGCUCCUCCAGCUCCGGGCUACGGCGGACCCCAAUAUCUCGGUGGCCAGCACGCUCCUCCUCCCAUGACCGGAUCUCCCGCCCCAGGCCCGGGUUACGGAUAUGCACCUCCUCAAGAUCAUGCCUACCACCAGGCCGGUCAGCCUCCUCCCUCCGCAGAUGCUUCGCUGGCCGCGCAACUGGGAGGAAUGAACUUGGGAGACGGGCAUGGCACCGCAAGGAGAAAGAAGAAGGACCGCCAUGCCUACCACAAUGUUGAACCCACGGGCUCUUCGCAGGCGUUCAAUGGCAUGCCUCCUCCAGGAUCUCCUGCAACUCAGUUCCUCAACACAGCGGCCGCCCCGAGCUUUGGUAGCCAAUUCGGAAGCCCUCAAGGCACCCCCCAGGGCACCCCCAGGAUGGCCAACGCAAGCCAAUUCUCGGCCCCCGGCGCCGGUGCCUACGGACCAGGACCCUCUGUAGACCAGAGCGGAAUCAGUCAUGCUGCCAACGUCGCGGCAGGAGGGUCCACUGCCUCUCCAGAGGAUUUGCCCAGUGUGCCAGCAUCACGAGAUAUUAUCCAGCAGCACUACCUCAAGAACGUUUACCCUACCUUCGAGCGACACGUCCCCCCGCCUUCGACCGUCUCAUUCGUUGCCUUCGACCAGGGCAACUCCUCUCCGAAAUACACCCGCCUCACUUUCAACAAUAUCCCAUCCACGACCGAGGCCCUCACUGCUACUGGCCUUUCUCUGGGGAUGCUAUUGCAGCCACUGGCUCCUCUCCAGCCUGGCGAGGCCGAGAUUCCAGUGCUCGACUAUGGAGAUGUUGGUCCCCCUCGAUGCAGGCGAUGUCGCGCUUACAUGAACCCUUUCAUGAUGUUCCGAUCUGGCGGCAACAAGUUUGUUUGCAACCUCUGCUCAUAUCCCAACGACACCUCGCCCGAAUACUUUUGCGCCACCAGCCCUCAGGGCGUUCGAGUCGACCGGGAUUCGCGACCCGAACUUCACCGUGGUACCGUGGAAUUUGUGGUACCAAAGGAGUACUGGACCAGAGAACCGGUUGGUCUGCGAUGGCUGUUCCUGAUCGAUGUCACUCAAGAGGCCUAUAAUAAGGGAUUCGUCGAGGCCUUCUGCGAAGGUAUCCUCGUCGCUUUGUAUGGAGGCGAGGAUCAGGAGAAGGACGAAAAUGGAGAGCCAAAGCGAAGGAUACCAGAGGGUGCCAAGGUCGGAUUUGUCACCUACGACAAGGACAUUCACUUCUACAACGUCAACCCCGCUCUUGAUCAAGCUCAAAUGAUGAUCAUGCCCGACCUGGAGGAUCCCUUCGUACCCCUGAGCGAAGGUCUCUUUGUCGACCCUUACGAGUCCAAGGAGGUCAUCAUGUCCCUCCUGACACGCUUGCCCGAUAUGUUCUCCGUCAUCAAGAACCCCGAGCCAGCCCUGCUUGCGGCUCUAAACUCGGCUCUUGCUGCGCUUGAGGGUACUGGAGGCAAGGUGGUUGCUUCAUGCUCCGCUCUGCCAACCUGGGGCCCUGGACGACUAUUCAUGCGCGACGAUGGCAACCACCCAGGGGGCGAAAUUGACAAGAAGCUCUAUACCACUGAACACCCUGCUUGGAAGAAGGUGGCCGAGAAGAUGGCAGCCGGCGGCGUUGGUGCCGAUUUCUUCCUCGCUGCACCAUCUGGUGGCUACCUAGAUAUUGCCACAAUUGGUCAUGUUUCCGCCACCACUGGAGGAGAGACAUUCUACUACCCCAACUUCAUUGCUCCGCGAGACAGCCGGAAACUAUCACUGGAGAUCUCACACGCUGUGACUCGGGAGACUGGUUUCCAGGCAUUGAUGAAGGUUCGUUGCUCUACUGGUCUUCAGGUUUCAGCCUACCACGGCAACUUUAUCCAACACACCUUUGGCGCCGACUUGGAAAUCGGUGUCAUUGAUGCCGACAAGGCAAUGGGAGUGUCAUUUUCCUACGACGGCAAGCUAGAUGCCAAGUUGGAUGCCCACUUCCAAUCCGCUCUCCUGUACACGACAGCUUCUGGUCAGCGCCGUGUUCGAUGCUCCAAUGUCAUUGCUAGUGUCACCGAGACUUCGAAAGAAUCGAAUAAUCGUGAGCAGGGCAUUCGUGAGUGUCUAAAGUUUGUCGACCAAGACGCAGUUAUCGGCAUGCUGGCCAAGGAGGCGAGCACGAAGUUGGCAACGACCUCGAGCAAUCUCAAAGAUGUCCGCAACUGGCUCGGUGAAAAGGCCAUCGAUAUUCUGGCCUGCCACAGAAAGCACUCUGCUCAGCAAUACCCUCCUGGCCAGCUCGUCAUGCCUGAGAGACUCAAGGAAUUCUGCAUGUACCUACUAGGUCUCAUCAAGUGCCGCGCCUUUAAGGGCGGCAUCGAGAACUCUGACCGAAGAGUCUACGAGAUGCGAAUGCUACGCUCCAUGGGUGCUCUCGAGCUGAGCCUGUACCUGUACCCCCGCAUGAUCCCCGUCCACAACCUCCAGCCUGAGGAUGGCUUCGCUGAUCCUGAGACUGGCCAUCUCAAGAUGCCGCCAGCUAUCCGCACGUCCUUCUCGCUCGUUGAGCCUGGCGGUGUCUAUCUGGUCGAUAAUGGACAGCAAUGCCUCUUGUGGUUCCACUCUCAAACGUCUCCCAACCUCAUCUCGGACCUCUUCGGUGCAGACAAGGACUCCCUCAAGGCACUGGAUGCUUACACGUCAGCGUUGCCCACGUUGGACACUCACCUGAAUGCUCAGGUCCGCAACAUCAUCGAAUUCCUCCGGUCGAUGCGUGGAUCCAAGGGCCUUACGAUCCAGCUCGCCCGCCAGGGUAUCGACGGCGCCGAAUUCGACUUUGCGAGAAUGCUAGUUGAGGACCGAAACAAUGAGGCUCAGAGCUAUGUGGAUUGGCUUGUGCAUAUCCACAAGGGCGUCCAGUUGGAGGUAAUUUGA